AUGAGUGAAGCAGAACUUCAGAAAGCUCUCGAACGCAUGCCUGUGAUAACUUUAAACGGAUAUGUGCGCAUAUUAUCAGCAGAAUUCCAUGAUCGCCUUGUAACUGUGCUCGUGGAUUGUUUAGAUGAUGAUGAAGAACCAGGCAUCAUUCUCGAAUCUGUUGGCCUGGAAUGUUUGAAGAAAGCUUUGAAAAAGCAUCUGCCGGAUAAAAAUGUUCCUGUUGAAGUGGUUAAUUGGUUGAUUAAAACAUAUUGCGAUGUUGUCAAAGAAAAUAGUAGAGAGACGUAUCAUAUCAACGAAAAAGCGAUUUGUCGAGUAAAGAUUUCACAACUUCUUCGUGCAGCUGUAAAAUUCGAAUACGAAACUUUCGAAAGAACUCUGCAACAAAUUUUGCCAAUCGGUGUUGAAUUCAAAGAAGAAUAUCUAGAAGGGCUUGCAUUUGUUGAUGAAGAACUGGUAACCGGAAAAACAAUUCGCUAUUUGAACGUUGAAGAUUUGCCGGAAGAGCCUAUUAAGAGGCUGGAAUUACUAUUUUCUCUCCGACAAUCUUGGGAAGAAUCGGCUCUGCAGCAAUAUCUCAGCGAUCUUUGCCCCACAAAACGACAUUUAAACGAACUUUUAAUGAACUGUUGCCGACAGACAACCACCGUAAAUGGCAAAAAAUUGCUGGUUGGUUUAAAAGAGGUAUUGUUAUAA